UUUACCAUCCUGUAAAAUGUCACGGAAGAAAAAAGGGAAGGAUUACUGGCACGUUAACCUACCAGCUCACUGCAGACCCCUGUGCAGCAGUGCAAAGAUGGUGCCGAGGGGUGUCUGGUGUGUGUUGUUGACUUGUCUCUUCUACACAUCCUCCGCUGACAAAGAUUUCUUCACCUCCAUCGGUCAGAUGACAGAUCUGCUGUACACAGAAAAGGACCUGGUCACCUCUCUGAAGGAUUACAUCAGAGCAGAGGAGAGCAAGCUGGAGCAAGUCAAAACGUGGGCUCAGAAGCUGGACGUGUUGUCGGCCACGGCCACGCAGGACCCAGAGGGCUUCCUGGGCCACCCGGUCAACGCCUUCAAGCUGAUGAAGAGACUCAACACAGAGUGGGGAGAGCUGGAGAGCCUGGUUCUCAAGGACAUGUCUGAUGGGUUCAUCUCCAACCUGACCAUCCAGAGACAGCACUUCCCCAAUGAUGACGACCAGACGGGGGCAGCCAAGGCCCUGAUGAGGCUGCAGGACACCUACCGGCUGGACACGCAAACCAUCUCCACGGGAGAGCUGCCUGGAACCAAUACGGAUGUCACUAUGAGCCCGAUGACGGUGGAGGACUGCUUUGAGCUGGGGAAGAUCGCCUACUCUGAUGCAGACUACUACCACACGGAGCUGUGGAUGGAGCAGGCCCUGAAACAGCUGGACGGGGGAGAGGAGUCCACCGUGGACAUGGUGACCAUCCUGGAUUACCUCAGCUACUCUAUCUACCAGCAGGGGGAGCUAGAGAGAGCCUUGGACUACACCAAGAGACUGCUGAAAUUGGACUCUGCCCACCAGCGAGCCAAUGGCAACCUGAAGUACUUUGAGUACCAGCUGGCCAAGCAGAAGAAGGUGGAGGCAGAGGAGGGCCUGAAGGAGAAGGAGAAGAGAGAGCGCGAGAAGCGGGAGGUGUCUGAGAAGAAGGGCAGACCUGCAGACUACCUGCCUGAGAGGAGGAAGUACGAACAGCUGUGUCGCGGCGAGGGCAUCAAGAUGACCCCGCGGCGUCAGAGUCGUAUGUUCUGCCGUUACUCUGACAACAACCGUCACCCCCUAUACGUGCUGGGUCCCGUCAAGCAGGAGGACGAGUGGGACCGCCCACGCAUCAUCCGUUACCAUGACAUCCUCUCCAACAGCGAGAUCGAGAAGGUCAAAGAGCUGGCCAAACCCAGGCUGCGCCGGGCCACCAUCUCCAACCCCAUUACUGGUGUGCUGGAGACCGCCCACUAUCGCAUCAGCAAGAGGCGCGCCACCGUGCAUGACCCCCAAACAGGGAAACUCACCACGGCCCAUUACAGAGUCUCCAAGAGUGCGUGGCUAACCGCCUAUGAGGAUCCAGUAGUGGACAAGAUAAACCAGCGCAUUGAGGAUAUCACCGGCCUGAAUGUCAAGACGGCAGAGGAGCUGCAGGUGGCAAAUUACGGCGUGGGCGGGCAAUACGAGCCCCACUUUGACUUUGGGCGGAAAGAUGAACCAGAUGCGUUUAAAGAGUUGGGCACCGGGAACCGCAUCGCCACCUGGUUAAUUUACAUGAGUGACGUGCCAUCAGGGGGCGCCACUGUCUUUACAGACGUGGGAGCUGCAGUGUGGCCCAAAAAGGGAAGUGCGGUGUUCUGGUAUAACCUGUUUGCCAGCGGGGAGGGUGACUACAGCACGCGGCACGCAGCCUGCCCCGUCCUAGUGGGUAACAAGUGGGUGUCUAACAAGUGGAUUCACGAGCGAGGCCAAGAGUUCAGAAGACGUUGCACUCUGGACGAGUCUGACUGAUCAAACGGAAUAAAACACCUUUUUCCUAAUCCUCGUCUUCCUCUUCCAAUCCCUCCUCCUGGACCCACCUGACUCUCGGCUCUGUGCACGCUGGGGGGUGAAGUGCCCUCUGACCUCCCCACCCCCUUCCUCUCCUUCCUUCUCUCCAAACUCAAGAGUUCACUCAGUGGUUCUCUGAGGCUCUGGCUGCUCAUGUGAUCUGUCACAUUUUAUUUUUUAUCUGGUGUGUGUGUGUGUGUGUGUGUGUGUGUGUGUGUGUGUG